CCCCGGCCCCGCCGCCCCCGGAAGCGCCAUGGGCCCCCCCGGACCCCCUCGCACCACCUAGACGUGUCUCCAGCCAGCACCACCACCCCACCCCAGGGCAGCAGGAUGGCCCAGCAGCGCCACGCCGUCCCCCCGCCGCUCAAGACGGAGGAGGAUUACAUCCCCUACCCCAGCGUGCACGAGGUGCUGGGCCGGGAGGGGCCGUUCCCCCUCAUCCUCCUGCCGCAGUUCGGGGGUUACUGGAUCGAGGGCACCAACCACCAGCUGAGCGGGACCCCCGACUCGCCCCCCACCCCGGCCCCCGGCACCCGGGCAAAGCUGGAGGGCAACCACACGGCCAAGAUCUACCGCAAGCACUUCCUGGGCAAGGAGCACUUCAACUAUUACUCCCUGGACCCGGCCCUGGGCCACCUCGUCUUCUCCCUCAAGUACGACGAGCAGGAGCACCUCCACCUGCUGCUGCGCACCCGUGCCCGCACCCUGCACGACGUGGUGCCCAUCUCCUGCCUGGCUGAGUUCCCCAACGUGGUGCAGAUGGCCAAGCUGGUGUGUGAGGACGUCAACGUGGAUCGGUUCUACCCUGUGCUCUACCCCAAGGCCUCCCGCCUCAUCCUCGCCUUUGACGAGCACGUGCUCAGCAACCACUUCAAAUUUGGGGUCAUCUACCAAAAACUGGGGCAGACCUCAGAGGAGGAGCUUUUCGGCACCACGGAGGAGAGCCCGGCCUUCGCCGAGUUCCUCGACGUCCUGGGCCAGCGGGUGCAGCUGCGGGACUUCAAGGGGUUCCGGGGGGGUCUGGACGUGACCCACGGGCAGACGGGCAGCGAGUCCGUCUACUGCCACUUCCGCGACAAGGAGAUCAUGUUCCACGUGUCCACCAAACUGCCCUACACCGAGGGGGACGCCCAGCAGCUGCAGCGGAAGCGCCACAUCGGGAACGACAUCGUGGCCAUCGUCUUCCAGGACGAGAACACGCCGUUCGUGCCCGACAUGAUCGCCUCCAACUUCCUCCACGCCUUCGUGGUGGUGCAGCUGGAGCAGGGGGGCACCCAGGGCACCCUCUACAAGGUCUCGGUCACCGCCCGGGAUGACGUGCCCUUCUUCGGCCCUCCGCUGCCCGACCCCGCCGUCUUCAGGAAGGUGAGCGCC